AUGGAUCACGGCAGCAUCCGGAUCCAAGAAGAGGAGGAGAAGGCUGCUUCAACUACUAAUCUUCAUACUUUGGCCCACGAGCUUGGUGGUGGUUCAGGUUCCCGUCGUCAUAUUACCCGCUCAAAGUCUCAGUCACAGUACAAGCAUCACCACCACCACAACUACCAUUCCUCUCUAGACAAUCUUGACCGUCGAGCCCCAGACUUGUACCGGUACCUCGAGGCCAAACCACCCCACGACGGCCACCACCCACACCACCACCACCACCACACCCGUCCACCACCACGCCGCCGUGAUUUCCACCAACAGGACCACGGCUCAUACUUCCCCGAACACUCCAGUCCCACGCACCCGUCUGCGCCUGCGCCCGCGCCCGCACUAGACUUUGAGGCCCGACCCAGUCACUUGGCCAGCCCGUCAGCCAGUUAUACCAGCUAUUCAGCGAGUCGACUAACAAGUCCCUUGGCCAGCCCUCGACUAACAAGUCCAGCGCAAAGUCCCCUGGCCACCAGUCCGUCUGCCUCUGCCCACAGCCUCAGCCAAAGGUUUCCAUUUGCUUCCCAUGCCGCCGCCGCCCAUCAUCUCCAGGCCUUUGCCGCCAAUCCGCGAGUUUCCGGGUCGCUAAACCUGCAACCAGACGACUAUUAUCGUAGCUUUGGAACAAGUGAUGCCGCCGUCGUAACAAGCAGGACUGCGGAUCCAAUCAAAAAGAGUACCUUGGCACCUACCUCAGUCCAACAGCAACAGCAACAACAACAACAACAAACGCUUCCCCCAUCCACCUCUCCAGGGUCACCUUCGAAUGGGGCCCUAAAGCCAUCCGCCUUGCCUGCUGCUGCUGCUGCUGCUUCCGCUGCUGCUGCUGGCACCACCAAAAUGUCCGGAAGCAGCCGUAGUACACAUACUAAUCCACAAACACCCAGCGGUGCUCGAUCGGGACUCCGCUCAGCAUCGAAUCCCGUCGACGAUCGCCUUGGCAGCAAUGCCAGGCCGGCGCUGACAACAGCUAAUUCGUAUGGCACACAAGGUGGGGCUCACCCGCCCAGCGUCAAGGACCUCAAGAAGAUGUUCGACCAAACAGGGACAUCCCACAAUACCAAUCUCCCAAGCCAGCGAAGACAGCCGAGACCCUCGAGAGACCAGACUACUUCCACCAUAUCCUCCUCCUCCUCCACCACCGCUUCCGCUUCCCCAAUCAAGGGUCCAUCUCCCAGUGUUGGCGCCCGAGUUGCCUCCUAUUCGGCGGCACGCAACGGUGGAGCUGCCGCAAACGGCCCGGCAUCCAGGUCGCUGCCGCAGCUGUCCCCCACCACCGGAUUGCCGUUACAAUCCUUGUCGCGAUCGAAUGGGCUGCUCUUUGGCGAGAUCCUGCCCGACGAACAAGACUCGGUCACGGCUGGGUUUGGCAUCCAAGGCCACCACCUAGAAGGGGCUCGUCCCCGGCGGACUUCCGAGUCGUCCAGCAUACAUGACCUCACCAUGUCCGGACCCCGCCUGCGAAGCUCCUCUCACUCGGAUACUAUGGGAGAUAUGGAGCCCUCGUCUCCAACUGACUGGUACCGCGGGGCGGCCUCUGCGCUGCCUACUACAGAUAAUCUGGCUAGGGUAGCAAAGAACCACUCUAGAGCCCAGAGCGAUGUCGUUGUCUCAUACGCGUCCACCAAACAACCCUUGUCCACCAGCCAUACCCGGUCCGGCCGUGGCACUGCGACAACGACAACAAGUAGCAGCAGCAGGGCGACCAACACGGGCCGGACCACCCCUUCCACACCGACCACGCCCCUAUCCUCCACCUCGCGCCUCCCCGUCAUGGUGAAAAGGGCUAGUAUUUCAGAGAGCCACGGAAGAAGCAGCCCGGUGUCCACGCGAUCCAACUCCCCCGUCGCCGCACUAAAAUAUGGACCAACCCCUACCAGCGGAAGAUCGUCCCGCCAGCAGCAUGGGACACCAGUCUCAAGGGCUAAAACACCUGCCACCCGUUCGCAUACCCCUACCACGCCCGCGACCACCACCACAACCGCCAAGCGCCUCCAGACCUCGAAUCGAAAGGCUGCUCCGACCAACAUUGCGACUCCCAACAAUAAUAACGGCCGGCUCAACGCCUAUGUGUCUGUGCCCGCUCCCAAACUCUCUCCUUCGCUGCGAAGCUCGCGACCCCGGCAGUCCGUGGCCACUGCUUCGACCGCGGCUUCCCGGAUGAGAUGCUCCACCGACCGACCGCCGUCCCCCGACAAGUCGAACCGCCGGGCUGGAUCAAAGGCCGACAACGCUGCCACCAUUCGACGACGAAAGCUGUCCGUAGGACCCAUCGAUUUCGCCCAACGACGAGAGACGAUCAAGCUUGCCUACAGCAGAACCAUCAAGGACCAACAAGCCAAGGAGGCCAGGGAGACUGCGGCGGCGGACAAGCGCAAGAUGGACUUGGAUACUGUCACCCGCGCCGAGGCCAAGGCGGAAGCUGCCGCUCUUGCUGCAGCGCCAUCAAGCAAAUCGUCCGAUUCAGUAGACCGAGGAGAAGCAGCAGCAGCAGCAGCAGCAACAGCAGGGAGACAUACAGACAAGAAGGGGCUUGAAGAGCCUCUCAAGCUUAUUACCAACCUACCCAUAAUACAGACACCGGCGCAACCACCUGCGAGCAAUGGCCGUGAUUCACCAACGUUAGGAAUACCAGGAGGCUUUGUCGAUAGUGACGACGAGCUCGAUGUUCCAAUACCGCAAUCAGCCAUAUCCGUUGCUACCGCAGUGACCGAGUUCGAUGAGGAAGCGCAAACAGAGCCACCACGGCCCGAGAAUUUCGCAGCGAUUGACUAUGCCUUGGGAAAUAUCGUCAUAGACCAUCAGCCACCAAGUCCACGAACCCAUGAACCGCCAGCCCCGACGCCUCCAUUGGCGUCACCUUUGGCGGCACCCCAAAGCAAGCGGUUAUCCUAUCAUUCUCCAUUUGACGACGAUGACGAUGUGGACGACGACGAUGAUGUGUCUAUCGAGAUUGCGCUGGAUACGUCCGUGCAGCAACAGCAGCAGAAGCAGCAGCCCUCGCAGCAACAGACGCCGACUCGGGAGGAUUUCACCACGACCGAGCCAACCACGGGUCCUGCGCAGCAGCAGCAGCCAGAUGCAGACGAAUACGUGCUCCAACCGUAUACAUUUUCAUCCCAAAAUUACGAAACAACGGUCACGAUAUUGGGCCCCGAAAAUGAUUUUAGACCGUUGUACAAGGACCAAGCUCGUGACACGAGGCCUCCAUCCGGUCUGCACCAUGCAGACGAGCCGCCGCUGAAUGAGACAUUGGGAGCCACUGCUGCUGCCGGCCCUGGGCAAUCCCAUCCCCAGCACCAGAAGCACCAGCGCGAAGAGUCCCGGGUCUCCGAGGCCGAUAACCUGGAGCGCCUCGAGGAUUUUUAUAUUGGUCCGCAUCUACGUGACAACAUUGCCAGCCUGCGGGAUUCGACCUUGACGUUAUCCGACAACGAUGACCCAUAUGAUGCCCAUCCCUCCUCCGCAGCAGAGUACCAGCAAACACUUGACAGCUCACACUCCAACGGGCUGGCCGUACCUGCCUACUUGUCACCUGGUAACCGCCUCAGUCAGCACUCAGCCUGGACUGACUUUUCCUUUGGAAGCGAUGAUCAGAAUGCUGCUGCUCUAGAUAAUCAGGACCCGCGUGCAUCACGGAUAUUCAAACAGCCAACGGAAUCCGAGCUACCCGUGUCGUAUAAUAAUAACUUUGCCAGGAAUCGAUCAAGCUUACGGCGUCCGCCACCACCAAGUCCGGAAAUAUCACCACUUGACAAGCCGCCACGAGCAUCUUCAUCCUCCAUGCUGGCUGACAAGGUCGACCCGCGGCAAUCGUCAGACCUUGAUAGGGACAAUUCCGCUGUCCAAAGGAGGAUACCACUAGUGUCGCAUCAGACAGCCCCUGUUCGCCCAUCAGUAAAUAACUAUGAUGAUUUAGACGAGAGUACCUACGAAGUGCUCUCCCGGCCCAACAGUUAUCCACAUGUACAGGAUGAUGAGGAGUUUGGAACUGCCAUCAUCUCAUCUCCACCAUCAGCCGGCCUAUUUUCUUUCGAGACAGUCGAUCAGUCACAGCUUUCCCGUACCGAAAGCAAAAGCUUAUCGUCGGAAGCCACAGAUAACUUGACACAGGAGCAGAAACGACUCCGGCAGCGGCAGAUGGUCAUCCGCGAGCUGAUUGAUACCGAAGAGAUCUUUGUUCGGGAUAUGAGCGUUGUGGAGGAAAUUUACAAGGGUACGGCAGAGGCAUGUCCUCAACUUGAUUCCAAGACGAUCAAGCUUAUUUUCCGGAACACCGACGACAUCAUUGCCUUUCACGCUACCUUCCUUGCUCAGCUGAGGGAUGGGGUCGCAAGUGUCUAUCAACCCAAGGGGAGAAAGUCACCUACUUUUGCACAUGAGGCGUCGUUAAAGGAAACGGACACGACCACUCUUGCGUCUACCAACUCCUCCGGCGGGGCCUCGAACAAGCCGGAAUUGGAUGAUGAUAAGGAUCGCCAGACCAGCCUCGGACCUCUCUUCAUCAAGAACAUCGACCAGCUCAAGGCCGUCCACGAAGUCUAUCUCCGAACCAGUGAUCUUUCUGCCAAACGUCUGAUUCAAAUCCAGGAGGACGAUGCCGUCAAGGUGUGGCUGAACGAGUGCAGCGAGGGUGCCAAGGAACUCACAGCAGCCUGGAGUUUGGAUUCCCUUUUGAUCAAGCCCAUGCAGAGGUUGACCAAGUACCCCGAUAUCAUUGCUCAUCUUCUCAAGUACACCCCAGAAGAUCAUCCCGACCGGGAUGCACUUGUCAGUGCCAAAUCCACCGUGAUCAGCGCCAUUGAUGAGAUCAACAGGACCAAGAGGAACUUUGAGCUUGUCGGCCAGAUUGUCGGCAACCGGAAGCGCAAGGAGUCGGACGUUCGAGCUGGUCUGGCCAGGGCCUUUGGCAAGCGUGUCGAUAAGCUACAAGGAGCAAGCAAUCGGGCACCAGAAGACGAAGAAUAUGCCAAACUUCAUGAGCGAUUCGGUGACGAGUUCCUCAGAUUGCAGGUGGUGCUUCGCGAUGUCGAGUUCUACACCCGAAGCGCCUCCACCUACGUCCACGAAUUUCUUCAGUACGUAACCGCCAUGGAGCUGGUUAUGCGCCUGCAGCCAUCGAGAGAUUACGCCCACAUCGAAAGCCGAUGGGUCCAGUUUAGUGUCUCUAUGAGGGACAUGGAGAAAAUCCUGGACAAACAUCUAACCGACGUUCGCAAACAAGUUAUCGAGCCGUUUGAGCAGGUCAUCAAAUGUUACCAAAAUCCUGGUCUAGCCAUCAAGAAGCGAGCCAAGCGCCGUCUCGACUACGAGCGCUACAUGCAGCUCAAAGCCAACGGCAAGAAGAUCGACAAGACGCUCGCCGAGGCCGUCGAACAGUACGAAGCCCUCGAUGAUACGCUCAAGAAGGAACUGCCCAAACUUUCUGCACUGACCGCCGAAAUUGGUAGGAUUUGUCUCGCCAAGUUCGUCGACAUUCAAGCGGCAUGGUACUCGACCUGGACAGAAAAAGUCAAGGCCCCCCUCGCCGACUUCGACCACACCCCCGACAUUCCGGAAAUCGUCCAGGUCUUCGAUCGAGAUUUCAAGGAGCAAGUCGAGCGGGCAAGACAGCUCGUCAUUCUCAACCCUGUUUCGCUGAGAGGUAGGACCUCCCAGUCGACGUCGGAUGACAUUGGCUCCGGCUCCAUUCUGACCAAGACUCGAUCUCGUCCUACUGAGCUGCUCACCCCGAGAGGUCGUGGCCUGUCCAUCAACAGCGAUUAUGUCCCGACCCUGCCGACUCCCGAUCUGUCUGGAAGAUUUGACCUUUCUCCUACCGGCACUGGUUCGGCGUUGCCUAGCCCGGGGCAGUAUUAUCGGGAUUAUUACUCCGGGUUGUUCAAUGGCCAUCACUCGAGGGGCAACUCGGCGGCUCCGCUCAGUCCGGCGGAUCCCUCGUCGUCUUCGGCACCGAGGUCGGUACCUGCUACGCACGCUACUUCUACCACGGGUGGCUAUUCCACUACUCGUCCUACAACUGGUCGUAGCUUCGACUCGGGCAGUCUGCCUCGUCAAUCCACCGAUUCUUACUCUGCUCAAUCCGCCUCCGGCACUCACCACACCAGCCACGGCCAUGGAGUCGCCCACUCAGGCCACACCCUCUCCCGUCGGGGAUCCUACACCUCUUCCCACCACAACUACGCCACCAGCGAACCGCGUCGCCAAUCCGGUCUCUUCCACUCUGCGCUACCAAUGGACGACGCAGAUGAAGUUGAUGGGCACCCUGAACUGGAAGCUGGUCCCAGCAAUUCUAACCAUCAUUAUGAGAUGCAAACUUCGAAUGGUGGCGCAGGCAUGUUCAUCUCGGCGGAAGCUGCGGCCGAGGCCAAUGUCAUGUGGUUGGCUGCUAGUCUGUUUGAGUUCAAUAUUGAGACUACCAAGCAUGAGGGCGGGUAUCCUUAUUUGACUUAUCAAGCUGGGGAGAUCUUUGACGUAGUCGCCGAAAAGGGUGAGCUCUGGCUGGCCAAGAACCAAGAUGAUCCCACCAACGUCAUCGGCUGGAUCUGGAGCAAGCAUUUCGCCAAGCUGGCGGAGUAGCAAGUCGCUGGUUUUGAGGUUAUGAUUGCUAAUGCUCGGGGAAGGGCGGAGAGGGGGAGGACAAGUCGGGAGGAUAGGAGGAGGACGGACGAUACCUCCAGGGAUCAAUAAGGAUAAGGAUAAGGAUAAUGAUGAAUAAGGUCCAAGGAGAAGGGGGAAGGAAGGAGGAAGAGAAAUGUGACUGACUAAGAAGAAGAAAGAUGAUUGAUACCUAGGGAUUAUUCUGGCG